UCGAUUUCCUCGAAGAUACUGCUUAUUGUUAUUAACAUAGGUUAAGUUUUCAUGUUUGUUAUGUUUUUAAGUGUGCUUUCUAAAGUCAAUAUGUAUCUCUUGCGCGUUAUAAUCAGAUAAGGCGGGGAUGUUUGUAUUUUGUUUGCUGUGCUGCCUGGGUAGGGUAGCCUAUUUUAUGUCUUGUGUGGAUCCAUACUAAUACCCUACGACGAUCAAACGGAAUCUCGGAAACAAAAUGAAUAUGUACGCGGUGCCCAAUCCUGAUUUACCAGGCUGUCCGCCGGGGUUGGAAUACCUGACACAGGUCGACCAAUUACUGAUCAAGCAGAAGGUUGAGCUCAUAGAAGCUCUCGUGGGUUUUGAAAGCAAUAACAAGUAUGAGAUUCGUAACUCCAUGGGUCAGAAUGUGUUCUACGCCGUGGAAGAAAAUGACUGCCUAAGUCGCCAGUGCUGUGGUCCUCUACGCUCGUUCGUUAUCCGAGUACUGGACAACUUUGGCCAAGAGAUCAUCACAGUCUCCAGACCUCUCAAAUGUAUGUCCUGCUGCUUCCCCUGUUGUCUGCAAGAGCUUGAGAUCCAAGCUCCACCAGGAAAUACUGUAGGCUAUGUGCUUCAGCAGUGGCACCCUUUUACCCCCAAGUUCACUGUUGAGAACGAACACCACGAGCCUGUCCUGAAAAUACAGGGGCCUUUCUGUGGAUGGAGCUGCUUACCUAAUGUGGAUUUUGAGAUUUUGACUAUGGAUGAGAUCAAAAUUGGGAAGAUCAGUAAGCAGUGGACAGGACUACUUCGAGAGGCAUUCACAGACUCCGAUAACUUUGGUAUCCAGUUCCCCUUCGACUUGGAUGUCAGGAUGAAGGCGGUCAUGAUAGGAGCCUGCUUCCUUAUCGACUUCAUGUUCUUUGAGACCAAUAACUAGGGAACAGUGACUGAGGUGGCACACACUUCUGUGGAUAUGUUGCCAUGAAGAGUCCGAUCCCAGCGCUCCGGUGGCCUGGAGCCGAGACCAAGGAGGUGAAAGACAUGAAGAGCUGGCAGAAGUAGUGGGGUGCAUGUGAAUUUUAGCGCAUAGCUUUUCUGUGGUAGAGAGCAUUCUUCAGAGGAGGGGGAAAUUACCACACUGUUGGGAAACCAGUGUCUUACCUUGAGCGCAGCCCUUUGAAGAAUAAUUAUAUCGCUAAGAACCCUUCCUGUGUUUGUGCCGUGUAUGCUGUGUGUGACAAUGCAGACAACAUCAACAGUUUUUGAUAGUAAAACGUAACAUAACAGAUAGCUGAAUUAUGACACUGGGUACUUACAAUAACCAGACAAGAGGCUCUGCAAGGACAAAAUAAAGUGACCAAAAAAAGUCAUCCUAUUCUGCUCAACUUUAGCACACAUAGAAUGACCAAAAUUACAUGCCUUUAAGAGGAUGAGUCAGUCUGGUAUUUUACAUCACACUUAUGGGUUUGAAUAUUUUAAAUGUUUAAAAAAUAGUCGUUUUUAAUUCAAUUAAUUUAUGUUUUAUUGUAAACAGGGUUUUUUUUCAAAGCAACUCAUUUGUAUUUCUUUGGUGGGAUUUGAACACCUCUAUAUUUACACGUCUGAAGGCUUGUGUUCUGAAGUUGUGUUUAGGCAUGAAGAUCCCGCUCUGAAACUACACUGAACAGUAAAAAUGAUCUAGAGCUACACAAGAAUAACAAAAAAAGAAAACUUAGUUUCACAUUUCAAGAUUCCUUGCGCAUUUGAAUGUAGUUCAUAAACAUUGUUUUUUUAUAGCCAUGGUUUAUUUGUUUGUUGUUCACAAUAAUAUGUGUAUACAACUUAUGCAAACAGUGUUUGUACAAUGAAUAUUUUGUGAUUAAGGAAUAAAUGUAAGUGAAUUAGCAAUGCAAGAACGCAUGUGACAAGGGCAACAUACUUUAUGGAACAUCAGUUUAUGACAUCUCUAACUAUGAACAGGAUGUUCAUCUCAUUUUCUUAUCAGAGGGUUUUUACACUUUAACAUGAACAAAUCAUUGUCUGCAACCCAAAGCAUAUAAAACUCAUAUUGUAAUUUAUUAUAUCUAUUUAUUUACGUUAUCACUCAGGUAGGCUGCAGAUAAUUUAUAGGCUUAUAUUGUCAUUGAAAUGACAGUUGUGGAUUUUAUGAAUGUAGUUAAAAAGUGCACUGUGUUUAAUGUUUUGUUAUUAAAAUGGCCAUAUAUUUUCUCUCCACUAUUUUCAAAUUUUGUGCAUCAUGAGUUUAUCAAGAGUAAAUAUGAACAGUUUUGACUUUUAACACCAAAAUAAAGAACUGCUAACCUAUA